CCCAGUGCAAAGCUCUACGCGCAUUGUGAACAAAAAUAAAUCCAAGUGGAAAGAAAACCAAUUGCACAAUCAAUUGCAAACCUAUAGAAAUCUACAAAUUAUUCAUUUAAUACUCAACUAAAUACAAGCACAGAUAACCAAACUCAAUAUGUACGCGGAAAAAGUUUUUAUCGCACUCGCGCUCAUCGCCUGCCUCGCCUGCAUUGCCGAAGCGGCUGUCUACACGCAGCCCGCGUUCCUUCAUCCUGCUCAUCCCGGCAAAUGCUACGAUCGGCUAACCAGACGCGCAAUGCUGCCCGACAAGGAGUACAAGCCGAAGGGCAUCUGUGCCGCCAUGACGUGCGACAUUGAGGCGCGUCAGAUCAAUAUCGAGACCUGUCCCUACAUCGAGAUGCCCGGCUGCGAGGAACUGCCCAGCGACCUCAACUGGAGCUUCCCCAAAUGCUGUCCGCAGUUCAAGUGCGUCGACUUUAAGACCGGCAAGGAAUUCAUUGUCUCCGUUUAACUGCAACAACA